AUGGAACAACUCCCUUCCCCUUCGUCACUCUCGAUUACACGAUGUGAAUCUGAAUUAAUUGUUCCAGCAACACCUAUACCUCGUGAAAUAAAGCAUGUCUCAGACAUAGACGAUCGAGAUGGUUUACGUUUUCACAUAUCUAAUUUAUUUUUUUACGAACAUAACCCUUCGAUGGAAGGUAUAGAUCCUGCUAAGGGGAUUAAAGAUGGAUUAUCUAAAGCAUUAGUUUUUUACUAUCCAUUAGCUGGUAGACUCAUUAAAGGUCCUAAUGGAAAACUUAUGGUAAAUUGUAAUGGUGAAGGGAUAUUGUUUACAGAAGCCUAUGGAGAUGUGGAUCUUGAUAUGUUAGGAGAAUUCAUAAAACCUCCAUGUCCAUACUUGGAGGAUCUACUAUACAAUGUACCAGGUUCUGAUGGGAUCAUUGAUAGCCCUCUUAUGUUAAUUCAGGUUACCCGUUUUAGAUGUGGUGGAUUUGCAGUAGCAGUAAGAGUAAAUCACAUCAUGGUUGAUGCCUUUGGCUUAGUUUUAUUCCUAAAUGCAGUAACUGAUUUUGUGAAAUUCAAAGCUUCUUCUCCUUCCAUUUUACCCGUAUGGCAAAGAAAUAUCCUAAAUGCUAGGCCAUCACCAUGCAUUACAUACAAGCAUUCCGAAUUUGAGGAGGAAAUUGAAUCAACAAAUGCAUGGUUAACGAUGGAAAAAGAAUUGAUCCAACGUUCGUUUUUCUUUGGUGAAGAGGAGAUGGAAGCUAUUCGCAAUCAAGUUUCACCAACUCAUCGUUCAAGUGGACGAUUUGAGUUAUUAACUUCUUUUUUGUGGAAACAUCGAACCAUUUCACUCAAUUUGAAUCCUGAAGAGAAUGUGCGUCUGACAUACUUUGUUACAGUCCGUGGGAGAUUUGAACAUUUGAAAAUACCACAUGGAUAUUAUGGUAACGCAUUUGCUUUUCCAGCAGCAGUGGCGAAAGCAGGAUUUUUAAGUACUUAUCCAUUAACAUAUGCUCUUGAGUUAAUCAAGAAAGCCAAGAAUCAAGUAAAUGAAGAGUAUUUUAGAUCUAUGGUAGAUCUUUUGGUUAUUAAGGGGAGACCUGGCAUAACACAAUCUUGGAAUUUUGGUAUUUCAAACACUGCUCAUGUAGGAUUUGAUAAGGUUGACUUUGGAUGGGGAGAACCAAAAUAUGGUGGAGCUGUUAAGGCUGAUUCUUUUUUUAGUUUCUUUGUAGCUUGUAAAAAUAACAAAGGGGAGAAGGGCAUUUUGAUAUCAAUAAACUUGCCUCCAAGAGCAAUGGAAAGAUUUGUAGAUGCUAUAUACAAGCUGACUUUAAAUGUCAAGAAAUCAAGACCAAAGUUUUAAGGUGGAGUAUUGGACUGGCAAAUAAAUUGUAUGUUCUUUUCAUUUGAUCAAUGUGUGUAAUUUGGAUAUAGUAAUGAAAUA